CGAUCACUCAUCGUCUAAACUCCCUAUCCUUCUUCUUUCUUCAUUACCCCCUCUUCUAGUUCAAUUCCAUCACACACAUACAGACAGAGAUAAUAAUAAUAAUAACAAUGGCCCUGAAGCUAGCGAUGAGUAGUACUACUACAACAGCAGCAGCACUACCACCGCCAAGCUUAGCCACCACCGGCAAUGGCGCCGGAUUACGACUACAGACCGAUCGAUUCGCUCUAAAGUCAUCUUUCUUCUCUCCUUCUCUUAAUCUCUUACUCCCCACUCGCCCCCCGCCUGUAGCUACUACGGCGCCUAAAUUCUCCAUGCGCGUAUCCUCCAAACAGGCCUACAUAUGCCGAGACUGCGGCUAUAUUUACAAUGACAAAACCCCAUUCGAUAAACUACCCGAUAAUUUCUUCUGUCGAGUUUGUGGAGCUCCAAAGAGGAGAUUCAAGCCAUAUACUCCAGCAGUGUCAAAGGAUGCUAAUUCCACCGAUGUCAGGAAAGCCAGGAAAGCUGAGUUAAAGAGAGAUGAAUCCGUUGGGAAAGCAUUGCCCAUUGCAAUUGCUGUUGGAGCUGUUGCACUAGUUGCUUUGUAUUUCUACAUCAACAACUCCUUCUAAACUCAAGGACUAAGCUUUCUAGCUACAUCUCUAUUGGAUUUUUUUUGUUAUGAUAUUGGUAAGUUUGAAAUUCUUAUUUCCAAAAUCAGUCAGAAUUAGAAAUAAACCCUGAUUUUUUAUGAAUUGGAUUCUUCUA